CGCUGCCCUGGCGUAGUAGGCGCAGCGGCGGCGGACGGAAUAUGGCAAGAGGUGAAGAGAUUCCCUAGUGAACAGGGGAGAGUCCGAGUGCGUCCGGAUUUCAGGCCCUGGAGCGAAGCCUGCUCACACAGCUCACUGCGAGUUGGAUAUUACUUCCAUACUCUAUCGAAUCAGGAGUGAGACUGGAUUGAACGCAAUUCGUCUUAAGUUCCGAGAAUGGAUUGAAAUCUACACCGAAGAUUGAUACCGAUUUUACACUGGGUAAUGAAACUAGAUUUAUAUCUAAUAGAAGCAACGCUGGAAAACAAGAUUGAAGCGAUAAUCUUCAAAGCUUGAUCAAUACUACACUGAAUUAUGAAAGUGAAUAACUGAUCGAACUAACUGCAGACAAAACCAAAUAUAUAAGUACCAGGCUGAGUGGAAUAUGAGCCCGAGGAUAAGUGUCAAUACAUGAUCAAUACCGUUCAGUUGGAGCUGCGAUAACGGGAACAGUGGUUUACGGGUUGAGGUUCGGUUUCUAGAAUGGAAUUUGACUAUGAACUGUGAGAGCUGGUCCCAGGCAUUCCUGACGACCAGGUUAUUCACGUGAGACCGCUUCCAGACGAAGUUGUCCAGGAAUUUGCAUCGAGAAAUUUUGCUUAACUUUUAUAUGGUUUCAAUUGAAGUAUUGGUUAUCGAUCAGGUUUUGCGCUUGAAAAAUGAGAACUGGAUAAAUUGCAAGGACAGGAAUCAUUGAGAGGAGCCAAAUGAGUGUUAGACCGUCCGUGUUGAGUGAGAGGCAAGGAAGUAUACUGAACAAAGACCUAUCAUCUGACAAAAAAUAUGACAGAAAGACCUCAGAAAAAUCCCAUCUUUAUGAGAUUGAUCCAACAGGCCUAGUUCAGCGCUGCGUCAUAAUCCAAAGAGAUGAAAAUGGGUUUGGCAUAACAGUCAGUGGUGAUAAUCCUGUGUUUGUCCAGUCUGUAAAAGAAGAUGGAGCUGCUGUACGUGCUGGUGUACAACAGGGUGACAGAAUCAUUAAGGUUAAUGGAACGUUGGUCACUCAUUCAAAUCACGUGGAAGUGGUUCGAUUAAUUAAAUCUGGAUCCUAUGUGGCUCUCACAGUUCUAGGCCGUCCUCCUGGCUCUUCACAGAUUCCACUGACUUUUACUGAUGGAGAUGCUGGGAACAACUCCUUUUCUCGACAGCAAGGUCAGAUAUCCCCAACAUUCUCCCACCAUUGUUCAAACAGCAGCUGCCCACAGAGAAUCACAAGUCCCAUCCCUGUGGCGGAAGACACCGUUGUGCACAACCAGAAAGUUGAGAUUCUGAGGAAUAUGCUGGACACUGAGCUACAACAGCUCGAGCAACUAAAGGAGAAGUACAUGAGGAACCCAUUGCCACAGGUGCUUCAAGAUAAGCAAGAGGUGGAAAAACAUAUUCAACAACUUCAGGAACAACUUAGCAAAGCAGCAGGCUCAUCAGAGGCAAGGUCCCUUUGUCCAGACUCUAAAGAUGGCUCAAGUUUGAUUCGACAGUCUGAAACAUUAGCUAUUGUUGAAAGGCUGACAGAAGAUGCAGGCGAUUGGGAGCAUGACUUUCCAUCACAGAGUGAGAAUGCAGGAUCAUGUAAAAGCCAUAUUUCAUGCUUUCAUGCAGAGUCAAUGAUAACCAGUCCUUCUUCCCCAUGUGAUGGCGAUUUUCACCGAAACUCUCUGAAUAGAAUCCCCAAGAUCUUCCCAAAAGAUGCUGGAAGUUUUUGCGAGAGUGUGGAAGACGAUGAGGGCCAGGACUGGGAUUCACUGUCCUUGGGGCUCAGUCCCCCACAAGUUGCAGUGCAGAUAAUUGGUGCUGAGGAAGAUGAUUUUGAUACUGAGACUGAGCAAAUUGAUGUUCAGUGCAGCUGUUUCCAAACCAUCGACCUUGUGAAAUCCAGGCCGGCACAUUUGGUGGCAUUUUUACAUCAUGUUGUGUCACAGUUUGAGGCAGCUCCAUUGCUUUGUUACCUCUAUGCCGAUCUCUACAAUCACACAAACUCUAAGGAUCAUCGACGGAUGUUUCUAGAGUUUUGCCACCUUUUCCUGGAGAAGGGAUCGAAUCUCAGAGUUCAGGUUCCCGAAUGGAUCAGUGUAGAGCUAGAACGUAGAAAAGGAGAUGCAUCUGAGGAAAUGCAACGUAGCUGUGUACAGGGCAUGCAGGACAGUGUCCUGCCUGAUGUUGAGGCACAUCUGGAAGAUUUCAGGCAAAAACAGAAUAUGGGAAUGACAAUUGGAGAGAAUGAAUUGGCAAAGUUGGAUGCAGAGCGAAUCCAAGACAGAGUGGCUGGAGAGCAGAUGGAACGAGUGUGGGCAGAGCACUUGUUACAGAAAAUUGAUGAGGUGCUUGCCACAUUAUCCCCUUCUGAGGAAGAGAAAAGUAAUUCUGUUGCGGUGGUGAUCCUCAUCUAUAUGAAACAUCUUGGUGUGAAGGUGAAGGAAAUGAGGAACCUAGACAGAGAACGCAAGUUAAAAGUCACAUUCUUUCCAAAGAAGAAGCCAAGUAUAAAGAAAGAGAAGGAAAAUGUGAAAGAUGAUGAGAAAAAGAAACGUUUCCAGAGUAUUCUGGACCCCAUCCGUCGCUCAAGCAAACAGGAUCGUAAUGCAAUUGAAAAGGCUAAGUUACUCCACCAGAGGCAAAUAGGACCAAUCAUCCGAUCAGCUUUUCACCCUGACCCCAGCGAGAGAUCAAAAUCUAUUCUGUUUUUCAAUGAGGGAAAUGAGGGAAGCUAUCAGCCCAUGGUGAUUGGCUCACCAGGCCCAACUACAGCCAGCACUGUCCAUGAUGGGAUCUUGGAGUGUGACGCAGACUCUGUUUUGGCAUUUCCUACAACAUUGAAGAUGUUGACAGACAAUUUAUUAAUAGGGAAUUCCAGCAUUUCUUCACUAAAGUCAUCGUUUGAGCUUCCAUCCUGCCUGGAUCAGGUGAUGGAGGAGGACAGACAGUCAGAGAAAAGCCUGGAGACUACCACACCCCCAUGUACUCCUAAACCAGGUUACCGAGUGGAUGGGCAUGGGUAUGGAGUAUGGACUGAAUCUAGUUCUCAAACACACUCCCUGAGUCAGAUGGAGGAAGAUCAGAUGCACAUGUCGGAUGCAGAGCUGGACGCAGCCAACUGGCAGCAGCUGGUUAGUCGGGAUGUCCUGUCUGGCCUGAAACCACACGAGAUCAAGAGGCAGGAAGUUAUUAAUGAACUUUUCCAUACGGAGCGCGCUCACAUUCGAAUGCUAAAGGUUCUAGAUGUCAUUUUUUACCAGAGGAUGUUGCGAGAUAGCAGCAUACCCACAGCUGAUGUGAAAAACAUAUUCUCCAAUCUUGAUGAAAUCCUACAGCUUCAUGUUUCAUUAAAUGAACAAAUGAAAAAAGUCUGGAAGAGAAAUGAAACCUUUGUAGUUGAUCAAAUUGGAGGGGACUUGCUAAGCUGGUUCAGCUCUGCUGAAGAGGAGAAGUUUAAACGAGCUGCAGCUACUUUCUGCAGCAAUCAGCCCUUCGCUUUGGAACUGAUCAAAUCAAAACAGAAGAAAGAUUCAAGAUUCCAGGCAAUUAUUCAGGAAGCACAGAGUAACCCACAAUGCCGGAGACUACAACUUAAGGAUAUCAUCCCAACUGAGAUGCAGCGUCUGACCAAAUACCCAUUACUCCUGGAGAACAUUGCUAAGAAUACAGGUCCAGAACAGCAUGAAGAGAAGAAGAAGGUAAAACAGGCAGCAGAAUGCUGCCGUCAGAUCCUGAACUUUGUGAAUCAGGCUGUGAAGGAGGCUGAAAAUAAACAGCGGUUGGAAGAUUAUCAGCGACGGCUGGAUCUGUCUAGUCUGAAACAAUCAGAUUAUCCGCAGAUUGAGGAGUUCAGGAAUUUGGACCUUACAAAGCGGAUCAUGAUUCAUGAAGGGCCUCUGACUUGGAGGGUGAAUAAAGAUAAGACAAUUGAUCUUUACGCACUUCUGCUGGAGGACAUACUGGUUCUAUCCCAGAAGCAAGAUGAACGUUUGGUGUUGAAGUGUCAUAGUAAGAAUCUCGCUGCCAAUGCUGACACCAAACAUAUCUUCAGCCCCAUCAUCGGACUCUCUGCUGUGCUUGUGAGAGAAGUUGCAACAGAUAACAAAGCUUUCUUCAUCAUAUCAACUUCAGCCGAUGGUGCACAGAUCUACGAGCUGGUAGCCCAGACAGUGUCUGAACGGAAGACGUGGCAGUAUUUAAUCACGCAGACUUCAGGAUCAAUAAAGGUGCCAGCCCACCAUGUAGCCCCUGAACAACCUGCUACUGAGAGUGAGCAAGAGGAUGAAGAGAACCAGAGCACAAUCCAGCAAAGUGGAUCAAGGGAAGUCCCAGGAAAGUUGUCAUGCAGCAGUAAUUUGACACAAGGUAAAGGGAUUAAUGACCCACUGGCUGUGAAUAUUUCGGAAUCCAACAUCCAGAAACAUGGUGCGGUCAGCUCUGCACAGGAAGCAGGAGAGAAGUCUGGGUACAUACAAGGCUAUAACAGCUUCCAAAAAACAACUGCAGGAGGGCCCCCCUACAGAAGCAUUGAGCUGCACUGUUCAAUUCAGGCUCACAGUUCAGAAACAUCAUUCCAUUAUUCAAGAGCAGAAGCUGCACUAAUAAACCUCCAUUCCUUGAAACAACUGCUGAGUUCAGAUGAUGAUGCUGGUGAUGGAGCUUCAGUUCCAGGUGAAAACAGGUUAUCACUAAAGCAGGUGACAGAUGAGCCAUCCGACAACACGUUGUGUUAUCAAGUUGAGAAGUCCAACAAAGCACUGUGGCAUCAGCUGGAGAUUGCCAAUAGGACUCUGGAAGAAGUGGAGAAUUACAGAGUUAGUGAAAGGACUAAACGAACGUGUCAGUUGACACUAGGAGCAAGUCAAAAUGAAUGUGGCACAAAUAAAGCAUACGGAUCAGAACUGGUAAUGGAUGGUGGUAGAGAGAGAUUCUACAGUACUCCAGCAGAUCGAUCAGAUGAACGUCAAUCACAAGAGAACAACCCAAGUGAAAGCAGAGAAGAGGAGACAAAAUCUCAAGCCUGUACAUCAGGGAAUUUCUUAACUCUGGAUGAUUUUUCAAAUACUGAAGGUUGCUCUGCCAAUGAAGGAGAUAUGUCUAGACUUCUCUUUGAUUAUUCUGUGGAUUGCAUGAAGACCAAUGAGAGGAACUGUGCCACUGAUUCUUGUAAUACUGAAGCGUCAGAGGCAGGAAUUAGACAUUUGCUUCCUUCAUCAAAUGUGCACAACCAAAUCCUCCAAUUCAUUCAUAAUAUCAAGUCUGAUCUGAAGUAUUUAAAGGAGUUGGAGCUGGAAUAUUACAGUCAGUAUGUUCCUGAGUCUACAGCUUCACAUGAGCCAACAGGAGACAGUUAAUGUAAUUUAUUCAAAAGUGGAAUCAAGUCAGGCUUCGUAAGCAUAUGGGUGCUUGGAGAUGACCCCUUGAAGCUUCCACUAGCUCUAGACUUCGGAGAUAUUUGUGGAACUGAUUGUUUUUUCAAAUGCUGAUUUUUGGGUCAUUUUUUGGAUGGUGUAUCACUGACCCCUGCCUGUAUUGGUGUAUCUUGCAGUUAUGGGUGCAACUUGGUUUAAUUAAUGCAGUUGCUUUCUUUUGUACACAUCUCUUUUCAAUUAUAGAACUGAUCUUGUUCCCCACAUCUCCUAAAACCAGUCUACAGUAGUUCAGCAGAAAGUCAGCUUAGAGUUUGAUGAAAUGAAGAUACAUUUAUUUGUAUUCACUUGCUGAUAAAUGCAAUUGUUUUGUUAUAAGUUUUAUUUCUGUAGUGUUUUUAAGCUGAUUUGCAAAUGAAGAUUAAGAUCCAGUUAAUACAGGGAGUCUGUCUGGAUUUCCAAACUUGAGAACAGUGGAAUAGACAGCUGGGGUGUUAGACAGUUACCAUCCAAUCAGUAUCAGAGAGUUACUACACUACAGGGGUGUGAGAGUAAAACUUUGUGUGUGUGUCUUACUGUAGAACUGUGUUGCGAGACAGUAACUACUUAGGAGGCAAAAGAAAAUUGGGUAAGAGAGGGUUAAUGCACAGAAUGACAGUUGUUUCAUGGGGUGUAGUUACUGGACUUCAAAGAUUUGAGUGAAUGUAAGAGAGAAAAAGUUAGUGCGCAAUUAUUGAGAGAAAGAUAAUGCACAGAAAAUGCAAGGGAGAACAGGUAUGUGGAGUGUGAAAUAGAUGGGGCAGGCAGAGUGUGAGUGAGGUAGAGACCGUAUUAAGACUGGACUGCAAGAGUGAUUGCUAUUAUACAGUUCAUCACUACAGAAAAGCUCCAGAUAGCUAAGCCAGGUUCAAGAUCCACAUUACUUCUGCUGUCACUACUCUAAUUGGGGCUAUGCACCAAAGCUGCUUUAUGGCAAAACCUACACUCAAAAGAAAGUAUCAGUUUAGGGAUUCUCUUGUCAGGAGAACCACUAAAAUCCUAACUUGACUUUCCUCUGGGCAUGAAAUGUGUUUGCAGCAUACACUAUAUUCAAUGUACUUAAGUAUCUGGCAAACAGAUCCAUCCUUCACAUCCAUGUUGUCAGGGCUGUCACACCAUAUUUCCUCUGAUGCUGAUCUCUCACUGAUUCUAUGGUGUUGAAGCAAUUUGGUCACAAUUUACCAGAGCAGAUUUUUGACACUCAUUGGAAAAGUUGUGAUGAGCACUGGGUCUGGCACUACCCCUUCCUGCCAGAAUUUUGUUUAUAAAUCAUUUGCAUUUAGAGUAUAACCAUAUGCAAACAGUUCCUACACACUGCAAGUUCCUUUCAGUUACAUGACUAUAUUGCUCUGUACAGAAACAGCGGCUGUAACCAAGUCUACUUGUUAGACACUGAUUCCACUGCAAUAUCAAAUCAUAAUUUCUGUUUUAUAAAUCCAGAAUAAGCUGUGCAGUUUGAUACAGAUGGUAAAAUAUGAACGAAACAGAGAUCUGCUUCCAAUGGAUGUCAGUGCUAACUAUAACUAAAACUGAUACUUCAGGUCUCCAAUAAAUUUCCUCACAGCACUCUUUGGAGAAUGUGCUGAUUUGGUGUGAGUGCAUUACCUAAAUUGCAUAUUGCCCCUAACAUGAGUACAGAUCUUCUCAAGUCACAUUGUUGCCCUGUUCAUCACCUUCCACCACACACUAACCAUGCUGCCUCUUGAACUAGUUUUAUUUGUCUCUAUGUCAUAUUUCAAUUAGUUUAACUAACUUCAUAAAAUUGCAUCUCAUUUAAGAUUUAGUAAUGAUAAUUAUGUCACUUGGGAGAAAAAGCAAAUAUAAUUCUGUUCUGGGUUCUGGGUUUUAAUGUUUCAUUAUAAUUAAAUUGCUUUAGUAUAAUUUAAAAAAAAGCUGUGGCAGAAAGAGUUGCUUUUGUUAUCUUUGACCUAAUUUGAAAUGUAUCUGACCGCUUCUUAAAGCUUAAUUUUUCAGUGUCACUGCCCAUGAGUUUUUAAACACUGCAGAGGCACCAAAUCUUCCUCGGGUGUGAAUUCUAACUGCAUAGAUUUUUGGGAAUGAAUGGGUUCCACUUGCUUCAAAUUUCACAUGCUAACAUUGGCUGUCAUUGGGUUGGGGUCAGGAGAUACUGAUUUUCCAUAAGGGAUGAAUUACACAGGCUUUUAGCUUUUUAAGCUUUGGCAAUAAUUGUGUCCCUGGAGGCAACGUUGUUAUGAGGCAAUUUUCCUCUAAUACAGUCAUAACUUUAGAAUGUUCAGUAGGCAAGCAAGUAUGAUCCAAGUACUUAUGACAUAAAUUCUUGGGGCUGCAGCAAUCCUUUCACUGAGCCAAACUGAGAAGGUGUAUCACUGAAAAUAUUCGGCCAACUAUUUGUGAUGAGAGAUCACAUAGGAAAUAUAUCUGGUAUUUGUCACAUUAAGUAAGGUUAUUUGCCAUAAUUGCAUGUAGACUAAGAACUUAAUUUUUGAUUAGUUCUGAAGUUCAGUGAAUUGAAAGUGCUUUGAAUCAGAAUGUAUUUGCAAUACAUCCUUUAUUUCAGUUUUUUACCAUCCUAGGCACAACAGUCAAAAGUUAAAAUACAACUUGCAACAGUCCUAGCAGUUUAUUUUUGGAGUGAAAGAACAAGUUAUAACUCUGUAAAAAUGCAUUACAGUAUCCUGUUAUAGCAGUAUUUCACUACAGAAGUAUUAUUUAAAAUUCAAUUGUUCAAAGUAAAAUUUAUUAUCAGAGUACUUGCAUGUCAUCACAUACGUGAUGCUAAAAUGCUUUCUCUGCAGGAAUAUUCAGUAAAUCUAUUGAACAGUAAAUGUAAACUGUAAGCAAACUGUAAUGCAGAUAUAAAUAAAUAGCAAUAAAUAAUAAGCAUGAAGUAACAAUAUAACAGAGUCCUUAAAUAAAUAUAGUUAUCCCCUUUUGUUCAAGAGCCUUAUGGUCGAGAGAUCAUAACUGUUCUUGAAACUGGCAACUUGAGUCCAAGGCACUUGUACCUUCUAUCUGAUGGCAGCAUGAGAAAACAGCAUGGCUUAGGUAGUGUUGAUCUUUGAUAAUGGUUGCUGCUUUUCUACGGCUGCGUUUCAUAUAGAUGUUGGGAGGGUUUAAUCUGUAAUGUUUGUGCUGGCUCUUCUACCUUUUGUAGGAUUUUCCUCUCAAAGGCUGGGUGUGCCCAUAUCAGGCCAUAAUGCAGCCAGCCAACACACAUCUAUAGAAGUUUGCCAAAGUUUUUUGAUGACAUACCAAACCUCCACAGAUUCCUGAGGAAGUAGUUUGUGUUUUGUGUUUUCUUCGCAAUUUUAAUCACAUGUGGGCCAAGGACAGGUCCUCUUAAGAUAGUGACAUUCUAUGGAAGUAUUGAAUAAAAGGCCUCCAAGUUUCUGCAAAUUUAACCGAGGGAUCAAAGGUACCACUUCUAAUUUUUCUAAGUUUAAACAGGAUAUGGUUUGGGAAAACCAUUGAGAUGUAGUUGGAGGAUUCAUCUCUUUCCAAUUCAAUAAAAUAGAUCUUCUAGCCACUAAAGUAGCAAAUGCAAUCAUCUGCCGAGCUGCAGAGGGCAGAUCAAUCAUUGGUAAGCUAAAAAUUGCAGUGAUAGGGUGAGGUUGUAAAUCAAUGUGCAAAACUAUAGAGAAUGUAUUAAAAAUAUCUUUCCAAAGCUUUUCCAGAAGAUGGCAAGACCAAGACAUAUGAGUCAGAGAGGCUACCUCAGAGUGACAUAUCGGAUUUAUAUGACGGUAAAAACAAGCUAAUUUAUCUUUAGACGUAUGAGCCCUAUGCACCACUUUAAAUUGAAUCAACUUAUGUUUAGCACACAUAGAAGAAAAAUCAACUAAUUGAAGAAUUUUCUCCCAUUUCUCUAUAGGUAAAGAAAGUUGAAGUUCCUUCUCCCAUUCAUUUUUAAUUUUAUCUGAUA